CACCGAUCUAUAGUAUGACCCUAGAGCCAAGCAAUCAAUAAGCGUGAGUUUGGCUAUCAAGCUUGUUAGUACCUAUGUCUCUAACGAAAACCGAAAUUAGUGCAAAAUAUUUGAAUAAACAAAAAGUGAAGUGCAAGCUAAACUUCUUAACAGAAAAAAAUACUAUGGAAAAGUGCUAAUAAAAUUUAUUACUGCCAAGCGAAGUAUAUUAAUAGGCAGUGGCUUGGAAACUAACGCAACGAAGAAGCAGAAAGUGAUUUUUUAAGUCCAUAUUUGUGUAUGUACUUAAGUGCAUACAUAUUUACAUUAAGAAAUUGAACGCAACUACAACAAAAAUAACAAUUUACACCGGUAAAAGCUACAAAAUUUUGCGCUUGGAAUUCCCCGAAGCGGUUUAAAGAAAAUUCCAUAAUUUUUUAGUGACAUAGGCAAGCGCAAAACUAUUAAUUGGCUCACAUAUGGAUCCAGAAAAUCAGUGCCCGCAAUACGGCGAAGUGAAUCAGCUUGGCGGCGUAUUUGUGAACGGACGCCCACUGCCGAAUGCGACGCGCAUGCGCAUUGUGGAGUUAGCACGCCUCGGCAUACGACCCUGCGACAUUUCCCGCCAGUUGCGUGUUAGUCAUGGCUGUGUUUCCAAGAUAUUGGCGCGCUACCACGAGACCGGUUCCAUUCUCCCCGGCGCUAUAGGCGGCUCGAAACCGCGCGUCACCACUCCGAAAGUAGUGAACUACAUACGCGAACUGAAGCAGCGCGAUCCUGGUAUUUUCGCUUGGGAAAUUCGUGAUCGCCUGCUGACUGAAGGCAUCUGUGAUAAGACGAACGUGCCGAGCGUUAGUUCCAUAUCGCGCAUACUUCGCAAUAAGCUUGGCGCUAUUGGGCAUCAUCAUCACAACUCAGCGGUCGCCGCGGCAGCAGCCGCUAAUGGCACAAAUUCUUCACCACAUCAUCACGCGCAUCCGCAUACACAUCCGCACGGUCAUCAUCACGCAUCAGCGCACAGCGCAGGUGUCUCCACCGUGGCCACAGUGGCGCAUCAUCAACAUGCCGCCGCCGCUGCUGCAGUGCAUGCGCACCCCCAUCUCUACAAUUCCAUUUAUCAGCCAUACAGCGCGUACAGCAUGAAAACGGCGGUAUCGUGUGGCAGCCCCUCGCCCCCUCAGGCCACACAAACCAGUCAUCAGUUGCGCACCGCGGCGGCUGCAGCUGCUGCAGCGCACUGCUGGCCCUCAUCGCAUUCUGUGAGCGACAUUUUGGCGCAUCAUCAAGCGGUUGCGCUGCGCGCCAGCUGUCAGGUGGGCAACACAAUGGGCGCGCUGCCCACGGGACUGCCGAUGACUGCUUCACCGGUGGGUGGCGCUAUGGGCACGGGCGCGCAACAACUUAUGGGCGCUGAAGAUUGCGACGGCAUGGCGAACAGCGCGGCGGCAGCUACACAAGUCGCCGUGGCAGCGGCUGCGGCGUCGCAGCAGCCCUAUAACUACUAUAUGUAUUUCCAAAACACUGGUAUGCAUCAUCAUCAUCACGGUGGCAUGAUGGCGGCAGGUGCAACAGGGUUAUGAGAAUUGCAUUAUGGCGAUGGUAGAAUAAGCAGGAAACAGAUGUAGGAGAAGCGUCUUUAGCAGUGUUAAAAUUUGAUAUGCUAGCUGAUUAAAAGUAAUUACAUAUGUAUUAAUCUAUAAGCAUAUAUAUAAUUUAGAAGGAGAUUAACAAAUAAAUCAUCAAUAAAUUUUUAUUUUAGCUUCUAGAUUU